ACUGUUAGCAAAGCAGGGUCGACGUUAGCUAACAUUAGCUGAGCUACAACAAGUGCAGAGCUGACAUAUCUGUCGCCGGAUAAAGUUGCCGAUAACAAAUACAGCAAUAUUGAACUACCGUGGGAUUCUAAAGCACGAUGGGCAGCAUCACCAAAGGGCGGAGCUUGUUGAAAUAUUCCCGCUUUGUGAUUGGUCAGUUCAGACCAGCAACAAAUCCCGUGUUUUUUCCAUCUCUGGGCCCUGGUCUUACCCAGGCGGGUACAACCAACGCAGGGGUAUGUACGUAAAGAAAAGACCUUACGUCACGUGACCACCUCUUACUCCCAAACCCAUCAUUUGAGGAAUAUCGACACCUAUUUGUCUAACCAAGCGCCAGAUUUGUCUGUUUCCUCCAGUCUGUUUUAAUGCAGAUUAAUCCAUAGGAUGGUCUUUAAACGAACGGAGGGAUUCUAGCAACAUUCUCGCACUAAACCGGAGUUUGGUUUUCAAGGAAGCUGAUACUGAAGUCUGUGUGUCUGUUUGCAAGUGGAGGAAAAUACUGAACAGUCAUCAUGGCAGAAAACAACUUCCCUCCCCUGCCCCGAUUCAUCCCCCUCAAGCCAUGUUUUUACCAAGACUUCAAUGAGAUCCCAGACCAGCGUCGCACCAUGUGCAAGAGGCUCUACUAUCUAUGGAUCUUGAACAGCGCCACACUGGCUGUUAAUCUGAUUGGCUGUCUGGCGUGGAUGUGUGGAGGCGGUGGAGCAACCAACUUCGGCAUGGCCUUCCUGUGGCUCAUCCUCUUCACCCCUUGCUCCUAUGUGUGCUGGUUCAGGCCCAUCUACAAGGCCUUCAAGACCGACAGCUCCUUCAACUUUAUGGCUUUCUUCUUCGUCUUCAUGGCCCAGGUGGUGAUCAGUAUUAUCCAGACUGUUGGCAUUCCAGGUUGGGGAGUGUGUGGCUGGCUGGCUACCAUCACCUUCUUCAGCACCAACAUUGGCUCAGCUGUGGUCAUGCUGAUUCCCACCAUCAUGUUUACUGCAGUGGCUGUUCUCUCCUUCAUCGCCCUCUCAAAGGUUCAUAACUUCUACCGUGGUAGUGGUGGCAGCCUGGGUAAGGCCCAGGAGGAGUGGGCCACCGGGGCCUGGAAGAACCCCCACGUGCAGCAGGCAGCUCAGCAGGCAGCCAUGGGAGCUGCACAGGGAGCUAUGCAGCAGAACCAGUACUCAGCAGCUCCCACCUACAACUACGACGACCCGAUGUAGGACAGAGGCGGGGACCAGGCUGCCGAGUGGGAGAGAUAAAAAAGGGAUCAAUUAAGAACACAAUUCAGAAUUAGGUGCCCUUCCUUAUAAUACUGUACAAGCUGAAUUCAAACAGUACAAUGUAGAGAAAAGUCAUGUUUUUGGUUGAAAUAUACUUUUAUUGAACUUUACACACGUGGGAGCUAAUGAUUUUACUCAGUUUAAAUCAGCAGCCAGUUAUUAAAAAGUUUGUUUUUUUAAUCUCUUAUACUGCUCAAUUUUAGCUGGUCAAUACAUGUGUUGCUUUUCAAUGGAGACACAUAAUAUAGCUAAAACCAAUCCCUUGAGCUUCAUCAGUUUAUUCAGGUAGAUUAAUCUGUGGUCAACACAGGGUGACUUCUCUGCCUCUGCCUGUGUCACACUUUUAAAACAUGUUGUACUGACCAUCAGUGUGUUUUAAGGUGCUGUAAUGGCUGUAUUGUUAGAGUGUUUACUUUCCUUUAUCCUCGACUUUAAAAAGGUCACCAAACACUAGAACAGUUUGCCCCUCAGUUGAUGUAUGUCAAGAAAACUUUAGAGAACUAUUUCUCAAUAAAGGAAUACUUUAACAUUUAAGAAUUACAUUAGAAAAUCAAUCACUCUCAUGUCUAAAUGAUGCAUGCAACUCGCUAGCUUGGGUUAGCACAAGGACUUGUCCAAGGCUAACAAAACGUACAGCUCAAGCUACUAAGAACUAACAUGCUGAAAGAUUAAUUUUGUUACAUUUGAAAAGAGUCAGGCUAGAUGUUUCCGGUCUUUGUGCUAAGCUAGCUCCUUAUUUACCAGCCAUGAGAGUGGCAUUGAUCUUCUCAUGUAAUGCCAAACUAUUCAUUUAACUUAAGGGUGCAGUUAAACCUUUAGGAAUUUAUUUAGGAGCAUAUUAUCCUUUAAUAUCGGCCAAGAAAUGAAUCAUCUUUCUCUUACUCUGUAAUUAAACUUUUUUGUUGGAAAAAAGUUUAACUUAAUUUCAAAUUCAAAUUUCAACAAUAUAAUCAGAAUUUGAAAAUGUAAUUUAAAAUUUCUGGCACUAUUUGCUGGAAGUAGUAUCUAGCACAAACCACAUUAGGCAUGUGUAUUCCUGACCGGAUUUAAAUUCCAGAGAAACCCUUUUACAGUUCAUGUUUUGGUGACCUGAUUGUUUUUCUUUUCUUUACUGAUGAUGAUUAAAUUUAAUUCAACAUGUUUUACAUUCUCAGGAAAGUUAUGAUAGCUGGUUUUAAAUUCUACCUGUAAAGCCCCUACAGUGUCAACGUCAGUGGGCUUUUGUCUCCUUUUAUCACCACUAUUUAACCAUGUGGGGUGUUUGCUUUUUGUCGUUACAUCCUGGUUAUGUGUUGAGCAGGUCGAUUUCAGUUAUAUUAAUUAUUAUUACAUGUUAAAGUGAAGCACAUGCAGUAUUUAAGAUAGCGGUUCUUUGGAUAAAACAUUCCAAAAUCAAUGUUGUAUAGGUUUAAAGUGACCGAAAACCAAAAUGCUUGCAGGCUGGAUCUUACAGUAAAUAUUACUAAUCUUUGUUGUUGGUGGUCAUAGCAUUGUAUGAAGUGAUGGAUGUUUCCCCCCUUUGGCAAAUUCUUCCACUAAACCCUACAUGUAAAUGCUUAAAUGGCUACAUGUUUCUGAAGCUCUGGAUUUCAGGCCUUAGUGUGUCAUUUUGUGGCUGUUGGUGUUAUUCCAUGAGUAGGUGUAAUAUGAUAUUUAUAUAAAAGAAAAUAGAAUAUAAAAUUCAAGCCAAUUAUUUCUUUAUGAAGUGAAUUGAAAGAGAGAAUAUUUGUGCAUAGCCCUCAUGAGGCCUAACGUGUUCAGUCAGAGACAGUGUCAAGUUGAUUUCAGUGAAAAGGUUUUUUUGCCUCAUGUCACUUUGACUCUUCAAGAUUCAGUAGAUGGUUAUUACAGUAAUACAGUAUUAGACUUGAAACAGAUGUGAAGAUACGUGUCUGAAUGCUCGUUAUUUCAAAACCUGUGAGUCGUCUCGUCUGAUUGUGAUGAUGUGGUAUUCAAUAGGCUGUUUGUUGUUUUCCUUUUUAGUUGUUUUCUUUUUUGUACCAACCUUUACUUUUUUCUGUGUUUCGGAUGAUGUGUGGAGUGACUGUGACGCACAUGUUCGUUGUGUCUUUCCAUGGCUGUGGGUAACUGAUUUUUUUUAUUGAAAUUUUUUGAAAAUCUUAAGUAACGUUUGCACUGGGUUACCUGUUGACAUCAGUGCAAACUUAAUUCACAGUGAAUCACAGUGGAGCAAUACUAAAAUAAAUAUAUUAAACAGUAGAACCAUUAGGAUUAAGUGGGGUCCUGUUGUGCAGGCUUCAAAUAUAGACAGAAAUAUUAACAAUCAUAACAGAAAAGUGUUAUGAAUUGAAAAGUGGUCCUGUUUCCAAGCUGGAACACCACUAGUAUAAUUUUACAAUCGCAUAACAUUUUCACCAGCAGAUGCACAUACAGUAGUUAUAAAGUAUAACCCUGUAAACUGUACCACUCACAUGCUCAUCUGUUAGUAAAUGCACAAAGUUUCGCUGAUCAGAUCUAUAAAUUAAGUGUAAAGUUAUGCACAAAGAUGAACAAAGAAGCUACUUUUCUCCGCGGCAGUAGUAAGUUACCAUGGUGAGUUUCAGAUCAGUCCAGACUUUCUGCCACAUGUACAUACAACACAGUUAAUGUGAAAUUACAGCUGUAUAGUUAUCGUGUAGCAGGAACCUCAGUGCAUUGGAGCUAAUUCUCUACAUCUCAUGUCGCUGUAUCAAAGCUUCUGAAAGCCAUCUCCCAUUAACUUCCCCAUAUCCCCACUUGUGCUGUACGUUGUUUGAUAUGUAUUAUCAUGUACUAUAUCAUAAGUAGAUAUAAAUAUAUAAUAACUUGAGGUGAGGUAAAUAUUUGCCAUGGAUAAACACAUUCAGUAGGAACAUGCUCUAAUUAGGUGAAUGAAACAUCUGAGGAGGCUGUGUCUCCAUGAGUGAAGUAAAUGAGGAAUACAUUUUUGUGUAUUACUUUUGUAUUAUUUGGUCUUACCCUAAUAGAUAUUAAACAGUUCUUGUUGCA